CAGUGCAGCGCGCUGUGCAAGCGCCUGUUGAUAUGCGGAAGUGAGGAGAGGAGUUUAUUGUUAUUGACGAGAUAAAAGUUUAAUAUUUGCUUAUGGAAAGUGGCGGUCGUUAAGUACAUAAAGGCGGAGGGAUUGGUCUAUAACGUUAACCGACACAUCUGCAUGAUUGAACUUGUGUCUGCGCGUUGGGUGUAGUUGUUUCUCCUUUCACAUCAGCUUUGGAACAACCUCCGACAUGUUCUUCAAGACUCUUGAGGAGGAAAUUGAGCUGUGGAACAGAGAGAAAGAUGGCACUGAGCCUUUUCUUCCUUCUACGCCCACCCACAGGACAUUUGAUUAUGUGCUAGUGGCCCACAAAGUGGACGAUGACAACCAGAAGGCCCAGAGACAGAGAGCCUUCAUCCAGCAACUCGAGAAGAAAAACAUCACAGUCACUAGGAUUCUUCAUGAUGACAAAGUGUUCUUCGGCCUGCGUGCUCCCAGUGAGAUGUUUGAAGACUACCAGUAUCUGCUCAAGGUCUCUGACUCUUGCAACUGGUGUGGAGAUGUGAGGGGAGCUGUCACCCAGGCUACCAGGAUCCGAAUUGUCCAUUUCAUCCUUUAUCAUACCUUCAUCAACACAGGAGAGAACCUGGAGGAACUGCUGACCAAAGAUGUUUUCGAAACCGUAUUCUGCCUCCAUGAGAGAAAGAAGCAGAAGCAGCUGAGGACUAAGUGGGCUCGAUGGUCAGCACUGUUUACAGGACAACCAGUCAUUGACGUCAGAUGUUACUUUGGAGAGAAGGUGGCUCUGUACUACUUGUGGUUGGGCUGGUACACCAAGUUGCUGGUUCCAGCUGCUGCGCUGGGUGUUGUAGUGUUCCUGUAUGGACUUGCCUUUUUCAGCACCAACCCUCUCAUUAUGGAAGUGUGUAACUCCAGCAUCAUCAUGUGUCCUCGCUGUGAUAAUAGGUGUGAAGUGUGGCAGCUGUCAGACACCUGUACCUACGCUAAGGUCAGUCAUCUGUUUGACAAUGAGGGCACUGUGGCUUUUGCUAUGUUCAUGGCAAUCUGGGCAACUCUGUUCCUGGAGCUGUGGAAGAGACAUAGAGCCAGACAUGUUUCACUAUGGAAUGUCUAUGACUGGUGUGAAGAAGAGGAGGAACUGAUUCUGGAAAUAGUCAACGAUCCAAACUGUACACCUAAACGGUUCAAACACUCCUACCUUCGUAGCACUCUAGUCCUCAUCCUGGUAACACUCAUGCUGAUGCUGAUCAUUGGGCUCGCUCAGGCUUUGGUGGUUUUUCGAGUGGUGGCGGCCCCCUUAUUGUAUGAGGGCAGGUGGGACUUUAUCAAAGACCAUGCCAACACUGUGGCUAUGAUGCUGGGAGCUGUACUGCACUAUGUUACCAUUCAGAUCAUGACCCGGGUAAACCGAUGGGUUUCCCUCAAGUUGUGUGAAAUAGAGGAGACAAACUCAUUUGCUGCCACAGAGAGGAGCUUCACAGUCAAGAUGUUCACCUUCCAGUUCUUCACUCUCUUCUCUUCACUCUUCUAUGUGGCAUUCUUCCUGGGCAGGAUAAAUGGCCAUCCAGGAAAUUAUGUGCGUCUCUCUCGGUGGAGGCUGGAGGAGUGCCAUCCUAGUGGUUGUUUGACAGACCUUUUCAUCCAGAUGGCUGUGAUAAUGCUGCUCAAACAGACACUCAACAACAUCUUUGAGUUCACAGUGCCCUGGUUUAAGAGAUAUCUGAGGAAAAAGGCUGCAAAGAAAUUGGAGAGGAAGUGUGGUCACUGUUACAGGAAGGCUUGCCGUGAUGAACAGGGACGCGUUGAACCGUGUGACAUUUGCAAACUUCAGGACUGGCUUCGUAACUACCACCUGGCCAGCACAGACGCCUUUAGUCUGUUCAAUGAGUUCCUGGAGAUGGUGGUCCAGUUCAGUUUCACCACCAUAUUUGUGGCAGCGUUCCCCCUCGCACCCUUUCUGGCUCUCAUGAACAACAUCCUUGAGAUCCGCCUAGACGCCAUCAAGAUGGUCUGCCUAGAACGCCGAAUGGUUCCCAGGAAGACCAACGACAUUGGUUUAAAGAGCGGUGUGUGGACAAAGGUGUUGGAGGCAAUUGGUGUGUUGGCGGUGAUUGCUAAUGGCCUAGUCAUUGGAGUGUCAUCAGACUUCAUUCCACGCCUUGUCUAUCGUUACCAUUAUGGCCCGUGUGCUAACGGAAGCACUGACACACACUGUAUGCAGGGCUACAUUAACGACACGCUGUCCACGGCUUCUAUUAGUCACCCAGCAGUUCGAGAUGAUUUUCUUCAGAAACAGAUGACGAUGGAGAACAACGUCACAGUUACAGAGUGCAGUUAUAGAGACUAUAGGAGUGAUGAGGACUACACUCUGACUGCUCAGUUCUGGUUGGUGCUCGCUGUACGUUUUGCCUUCGUCAUCCUGUUUGAGCAUGUUGUGGUGGUGUGUAAGUUUAUAGCAGCUUGGUUCGUCCCCAACUGUCCCAUUCAGGUGAAGAAUGAUCGUCUGCAUGACAAACUGGCUCGGUUGAAGGAAGAGCUACGUGAAAUGAAAUGCAGCAGAUCGACGGAGGUCUGACCCUUCCAGAGAUGACUUCACAUCUUCAUUGAGAAGUCCUGGCUGCUUAAAGUGUGAAAUAAAUUAUUGAUUAUUGUUUUUAUAAUGUAUAUUUCCUAAUUAUGAAGCUGGACUCCAUUGUAAUGUGUGCAGGGUUUUCUGUCAUGAUAUUAUUGGGCUUUUAAUUAUUUUCAGCACAGUGGUUCGGAAGUUGAAAAAAAUCACAUCCCUCUACACCCAGUUUGACAACAACUGGGUUAGCGGAACUUGUGUGUGUUUGUAACUUGUUUCUCGCAGUCAUAGAGAAAAAAUAGUAUAUGUAUAAAGGCCAUGUUUUGCUACUUUGAGUGUUCGAAAUGCUGUUUUGUGUGCACAAGAUCCAAUUAAUUUCCAUGCUUUGGUUAAUUCUUUCCCACAUUUUGGCUGAUUGAUGUGCCCGAGAUAAGUAUAUUGCACUUGUAUUCUAGCCCUUAUGGUAAAAGCAUUGAAAUGACCCAGAGCAAGCUGACAUGUAGGGUUAGGGACAUUUUCUUUCCAAAGACAAGUGUUUAUCUGAAUAGAAAUCUUAAUUGUACCCAAACACAUCACAUACAAUACAUAAAACUGGACCAAACUUAGCAAAGUUCGAUGCAAUUGCAAGACGAUACACACGAUUACAUCCAAUUUUCAAAACAGGGUGUUAACACAAAUUCUAUACUAAAUUGUAUACUAAACACAUUGUUGCCCAUAAAGUUGGAAUAAUUUUGUUUAAGACACAUUCCUCUUUUUAUUCCUAUUUAGUAAUCACAUCAGUAAUCACAUUGGAAGAGACUGAUCAAUAAAGUUUUGAGAAGAUAUACACUUUAUCAAGAAUAAAUCACAUUGUCACAAUAAUUUAAUGAGUAGUGGUAAAAUGACCGGCAGGAGUGAAAAGUUUGGCGUCCUUAUGUUUGUUUGUUUUUAUAUGUUUUGACGUGUUUUAUGAGUUUUUAUUUUAUUGACUAUAUGAUGAAUAUAUUACGAAGAACUUA